AUGACGGCCCGGUUGACCGAAGAACUGUCGCAAGCGCGAGAGCAACUCACCCAAGCCCGCCGCGAGCUCGAGGACACCAGACUGCAGCUCCACGCCAUGAACCAGGCUCAGGAAGCCCCUCUUGCUCGGCCGGCGUAUGCGGAUGUCGCCCGAUGUACACCUCCUACCAGCGGUCCUAGUCUGGCAUCCUCCGCAAGCCGGACGGCUACGCCAGAGCCAGCGUUCUGCACGGUAGACAUGACCAGGGUACCGGAGGAACACAUCGAAGAGGCUACACCAGUGGCUCUUCGCAAACUCAUCGAGAACGAGAUGCGAGCGCCGGGAGACCAACCCAAAUGGCGUUGUCUUGCCGUUACCAGAGACAGAGGAAACAUCAACCGCCUUAGGAUCGUUGGCAGGAACGAAGCGGAAGUAAAGAGAAUCAAGGACAUCAUCGAAGCGAAGAAGGCGCCGGGUGCACACGUCCUACGUGACCUAGCUGUACCCAGUCAAACGAGUGCUCAGCAGCUAUACCGAAGUGCGUUCUGUGCGGAGGACCACAUGAAUCGUUCAGCAAGAAUUGCCGGAAGCUCUAUCCAUCUCGUCAUGAAUAGGACGUUUCAGGUCAUCCAAUUGAACGUCAGAAAGCAAGGGGAGGUGCAUGAUAGUUUGAUGAACGACGUGGCAAUCCAGGACGCUGCCGUCAUAGCCAUUCAGGAACCCCAGGCGCGGAGGAUCCAAGGACGGCUCCUGACGACCCCUAUGGAGCAUCACAAAUGGACCAAGAUGAUCCCGUGCACGUUGAAGGAAGGUAGAUGGGCUAUCCGGAGCAUGCUCUGGGUGAACAAAAUCGUGGAAGCCGAGCAGGUGGCAGUGGACUCCCCGGACAUCACGGCAGCAGUCAUACGGCUCCCGGAGCGCGUAGUCCUGGUCGCGUCCGUCUACGUACCGUGUGGGGACGGCGAGGCACUAAAAGACACCUGCGAGAACCUCCGCAGGGUGGUAGCAAAGGCGAAACGGGGCGUAGGAACGACUGUCGAUAUAGUGGUUGCAGGUGAUUUCAACUGCCACGACCAAAUGUGGGGAGGGAGACGACGUCUCAUCCUCUUCGAUAUUGAGGUACCUGUGCCGACGCACCACGACCGACUGCUUCUCAAGAACGCGCCAUGGAAAGACAUCAGAGCCAAAAUUGCAAAUACACUAGGGGACACCCCAGCGGAGGGGACAGUCCAGCAGAGAACGGACCGCCUGAUGUCCACUGUCUCAGGCGCGGUUCAUUCCCUCACUCCCAAAGCCCGGCCAUCGCCAUACGCAAAGCGAUGGUGGACUACGGACCUGACGCAGCUACGUCACAUCUACACGCACUGGAGGAACCGCGCUCGCUCGGAACGCCGGGCAGGUUGGACCACAGCCGAGAUUGAGGAAUUGGCAAAGGGUGCAGCAAAACAGUACCACGAUGCCAUCCGGCAGCAGAAGAAGAAGCACUGGGCCGAGUUCCUUGCAGACAACGACAACAUUUGGAAGGCUGCAAAAGAACAGGCCGAAGAGCUCCUAACAAGAUUCUUCCCGGCCUUGCCCGAUACGAUCGACGAUGAAGGUCCAAGACCACAGAGGGCACCCAUCAUGACGCCUAUCCUUACGAUGGAGGAAGUCGAACGACAGCUGUUCGCAACGAAGUCCUGGAAGGCACCAGGGGAGGACGGUUUGCCGGCAGUGGUGUGGAAGGAAGUCUGGCAGGUGGUCAAGCACCAUGUACUGGCGCUCUUCCGUGCCUCACUGGAGGACGGGGCCCUUCCCAGCCAGUGGCGACAUGCUAAUAUCAUCCCGCUCAAGAAACCGGGCAAAAAGGACUACACCAUCGCAAAGGCGUGGAGACCAAUCUCCCUCCUAGCAACGCUGGGCAAAGUGCUGGAGUCGGUGAUCGCGGAACGGCUGUCCCACGCCGUGGAGACCUACGGCCUCCUGCCCACCAACCACUUCGGCGCGCGGAAGCAGCGAUCAGCAGAGCAGGCGCUGGUAUUUCUACAGGAGCAGAUCUACACGGCCUGGAGAGGACGGAAGAUUGUCAGCCUCAUUAGCUUCGAUGUCAAGGGAGCCUAUAACGGAGUCUGCAAGGAACGGCUAGUCCAGAGGAUGAGGGCACGUGGUAUCCCGGAAGAGCUGUGCCGAUGGACAGAAGCUUUCUGUUCUGACCGUACGGCCUCUAUCCAGGUCAACGGGCAUGCUGCGGAACGACGGGACCUCCCACAGGCUGGCCUGCCCCAAGGCUCGCCCCUCUCCCCUAUCUUGUUCCUCUUUUUCAACGCGGAUCUGGUCCAGCGAAAGAUCGAUAGCAACGGUGGUGCGAUAGCCUUUGUCGAUGACUUUACCGCCUGGGUCACAGGACCGACGGCACAAAGCACACGCAAGGGCAUCGAAGCAAUCAUCGACCAAGCACUAGACUGGGAAAAGAGAAGCGGAGCGACAUUUGAAGCAGACAAGACAGCCGUCAUCCACUUUACCCGCAAGGCCUAUAAAGCCAACUCGGAGCCCUUUACGAUCAAGGGUCAAGAUGUUCAGCCGAAAGACCACGUUAAGAUCCUUGGAGUGGUCAUGGAUGCCAAGCUCAGGUAUAAGGAGCAUAUCGCAAGAGCGGCCUCCAAAGGGCUCAGCGCGGCGAUGGAGCUGAAACGGCUCAGUGGUCUAUCCCCGGCUACGGCGCGGCAGCUGUUCACCGCCAUGGUCGCGCCAGUGGUGGACUACGCAUCCAGCGUCUGGAUGCACCAAUGCAAUUGGAAGACCGCGCCGGCCAUACACAGGGUGCAGAGGGUCGCGGCGCAAGGGAUCAUAGGAACGUUCAGCACGGUAGCAACACGCGUAGCAGAAGCAGAAGCUCACAUCCCCACGGCUCAAGAUCGAUUCUGGAAGAGGGCGAUCAAGAUGUGGACGGACAUCCACACCCUACCAGAGACGAAUCCACUCCGCAACACCACUUCCCGGAUGCGCAAGUUCCGGAGAUCCUACCGCUCCGCUUUCUUUCAAGUAGCAGAUCUCCUCAAGGACGUCCCAUUGGGACUAGCCUCGAAACCAUUGCUGCCGUCGUAUAAGCGCUCUGGGGAGAGGCGAGGUCCCGCACUACGGUUGACAGAACGGGCAUCCAGCAAAAAGAGACAGGAGUGGGGCGGUCCGGAUCGCCGUAAGCAGCUCCCGCACGAAACAACAUGGGUCGGGGAUCGGAGGAGUCGUCCGUCUUCCCGCUGCCGAUGCGAGAUGGCUCCAAGGAACGAAGCCUUUAGUGUGACGCUGGGCUCCAGGUCGGAGCAAAACCCGUUCUCAGGCGAGCUUGCGGCUAUUGGGUACGCGUUGAGGUUGAUUCGAAAUAUCAGGUACCGAAAGAUCAUCCUUGCCACCAGCAACAAGGCAGCCGUGAUGGCCUUGGAGCGACCACACCAGCAAUCAGGACAACAAUAUCUCUGUCAGGCGUACGAUGCGAUAAGUGCCUUACGCAAGGCGGGAAACACGAUCUCGGUCGUCUGGAUCCAAGCGGGUACCAAAAACGAGCUCCUGAACACAGCCAAAGCGAAAGCAAAGGAAGCAACACGGCAGGACGCUACGCCACAAACGCAGGAUCCUGCCAUGCGGUCAACAGCCCUCCGUAUCGCAUGGGCAAAGCGGGCACCGCCCACGUCCUUACCUGACAAAGUGGGCAGACAUUCCAAGAGAGUCGAUAUAGCGUUACCAGGGAAGCACACCCAACUAUUAUACGACCACCUGUCCCGAAGCGAGGCCGGCGUGCUUGCUCAGCUUAGAACAGGCAUGGCCAAGCUCAACACAUACCUGCAUCGCAUCAAAGCAGCACCGUCAGACCAGUGUACGUGUGGACAAGCCAGAGAGACAGUGGACCACUUCCUCUUCCGAUGCAAGCAAUGGGAUCAACACCGUAGGGAGAUGCUGCAAUGUACGGAUGUCCACAGGGGGAACCUCUCCUUCUACCUGGGAGGAAAGUCGCCCUCGGAUGACAAGGACUGGUCCCCCAACAUGCGGGCGGUGCGGGCGACGAUACGUUUUGCCAUUGCCACAGGUCGUCUGAGGACUGAACAACAACAGAAUGAAGCAAACUAA